CAUAAAAAAUACCAUUUGGCGGUAGCACUAAUGAUGAUAAUGAGGGAAAGUCGGAACAAGUUGUAGGCAUGAAGGAAAUGAUAAUCCCCAUCUUCGCUGGAAUUUUAUCAGCCUUGAGAAGAGUGAUUGCUAGGCGGGUGUCCCUUAAGAAUCAACUGAAGAGGCGACUAAAUGCCAUAACAAUUGCAUCUGCAACAUGCUUUUUGUUUCCGAUUGCCAUGUGGGACAUGAUUAUAGGAUCAACUAGUGUAGAGUUGCCAUUUUCUGCAUGGGCUUUUACAAGCACCAUCCUUUUCGGCAUCAUAUUGAUAUUCUACGUUGAUAGUAUUGCAGAGGAAAGGUUGCAAAUGGUUUUUUCUUCUCCAAGGCAUUUGAUGGCUGCAGGAGGAUGCAUCAUUGUCAUGGAAUUUGCAUAUAAAAUGGACUUCUCCCUACCUGGUUUUCUAAUUUGUGCAGUCAUUUUGGGUUUUGGUAAAUACAAACCAUGUCUUCGCUUAUACCCUCUCCAGUGAAGCAAUCAGUUAAACACAUCAUAUGGGAUAUUUGCGGCCUCUUUUUUUUGGGGGGGGGGAUAGUUCAUAAAUUUGAAAGCUCCACUUUGCUACUGACCAAACAAACCCAAUGUGCAAGAUAUACCUAGAACUUACAUAUACUCGAAAGCGUAGGGAGACUCUUUUUUAGAGGACCCCUGACAUACUUAGUGAUAAUGAAACAACUUAAACAAUGCACUCAACUUGUAUGUCUUGAAAUUUCACUUAAACCAUAUUUCCAAUUGCUUUGAAACCUUUGUAUAAUGAUAUACUUUCAGGGAUAUAUGAAGCAACAUCGUUGGACAUUACUAGGAAAGGUUCAAAUCAGAGCUCAAGUCUAUCAAAUGGGUUCUUGGAUGAUCGGGUUGAAAUGUCUCCUCUUCCAACUUAAUUUUUGUAGUAAAACUGCACAAAUUGGUCAAGUCUCUGGCAUGGCAACCCACAAAUUGUUCAACUCUUUGCACAAAUUGUUUAUUGCAGCAAAACUGCAAAGAAAAAUGUGUCAUAUCUCAAGCUACUGUCGUUUAACGAAACUCUUUACAUUUUCUUUCUUCCAAUGGUGAAGAGCUGCGAAAAUUAUUGUACAGACAUUGAUACCCUUCAUACUAACUAUGAGGUUUUUUUGCUGGUGUUAGGGUGAAUACGAGUAUUUCAGUUCUGG